GUAGCGCUAUUACAGACAAAAAUUAAAACGUGAUCAGGAAAAUGAGGAACGCACACUGAGCGAUAAAAUUCAAACAUGUUCUGAGUCCUGACUGUAUGGUUCCAGCGUUUUUCAAUGCUGCCACCCGCAGGGAGGAAGCGUGCGCCACUUAUCAAGUGUUUACAGAUUAGGCAGUACUGACAGCGAGAUUAGUCUGCAUCGUACAAUCUUAAAUCGGAGCCAUGUCUACCUGCGUAAUGUGUGGACAACCCUACACCAAUCUGCGGAACUCUGUUAAAUGCGAUCGCUGCCAUAGAACAGUGUGCUCCAGUUGUUGUCGUUCUAGUCAGGCAGACGCCAAGCAUCAUUUCUGUAUUGCAUGUAUUCGCCAGCAGAAGAAAGCGGAGGAUCCCAAUGAUGACCGACCAAAAUGGCUACGAGAAGCACAGCAAUUGCACCGCGGCGCUGCUAAUGCUGCUAAUCCAUCUGUCCAUGGCGGGCAGAUGUCUCAAACUGCCGCAGUGGGCCAAUCUUCGAACAAAACUCGGUCAGAUAGGUCCCAGACUGCCGUUGAUGAUCGUCCGAAAUGGUUGCGGGAAGCCCAAGAAAGGGAAGCCGCAGCGGCUAAUCAAAAACCUGACGCGAAGACGGAUGAUAUUCGGGAUCGACUCGUUAAAUUGAAAGAAGAAAUGGCUGUGGUUAAACCUGUUCUGAGUGAAGAAGCGAUUCGAGGGAAGUUGGCUCAACUGAGAGAUCAGGAUCCGAGCACGGCCAGAACGUCUGGACAGCCGGACUAUUCGGUUUUACGAUUUCCCGAGGAAAAAACCGAGUCGGAAGAAAUCGAGAGCCUAAUUGCACAGAUGAAAGAGCGUGCAAAAUUGGAAGAUGAUGAUGUGGAUUUGAUAAAGGAACUGGAAGCGCGAUUGCAAAGGCUGAAAUCAGAAACGGCAGCGCUGGGCAUUUCCACUUCCGGUACGUCUAGUCCAAUGCCCAAACCAGAUAGAACCAAAGUAUCCCGCAAGCUAACAGAAAAGGAUGGUGGCAUGGAUGUGGACAGCAGUGACGAGGAAGCAGAACAAAUUGAGCGGAUCCUGUCCAAGAAGCUUCCCGAUACACCACUCGAUGUGGAUUCCUAUGAGGAUUCGUUUUGUAUUAUUUGUCCGGAAGAUCCGGUAGUGGUGUGCUUAGACUGUGAUAAAGAUAUGUACUGCAUGCGAUGCUUUAGAGAAUGCCACAAGGAAUGGGAUGCCAUGGAUCACCGCACCAAACGGAUUCCCAAACCUAGACGCUGACUCUGGUAAUUUGGAUUAAAAAUAUCUACUUAAUUACCUCUGCUUGUGAAGUUUCGUGUAAUAGCGUUUUUUAAAUUCUGUGUUGUGGUUCUUUUGCGGUUAGCAUAUGGCUGAUGAAGGUCUUGACGUGCAAAGAAGCCUUUUAUUUAUUUUGGUAUUGCUUUGAUUUGCCAGUUCUGGCGCGCAUUCCUUGUUUUAGCAGAAUUAUGUUAUUUGUAGGCAUUAGUGACCAGGCAGCAAAUUUUUAUAAUAAUGUUGGUAGUUUCGACAGAAGUUAACUUGUUUGAUUUUGGUUAGUAAACGCGCAAAAACAG